GAUUGUCCUGCCUUCCCGUCCCUCUCUCCCUCAUACACACCCCUCAACCAAACUUGGGUAAAUCCUGCACCUGAAAUGAUUCAUUAUUCUUGCUAACAAAGCCAACCUUCCCUUAAGCAACCUUAAAUUCAUCUGUUCUUUCUCUUUGAUGAUGCAAUGAGCGAUAAGUGGAUGCCUCGGUUUGUCAUCCUCCCCUUCUCUGUUGGUUGCGCCUCCCAUUCGAGCAUCGCGGUCCAUGAAAAUCGACUAAACAGAGCACAAGCUGAGGGAUUCCCAGCAACAUCUAGUGGAGAUGCUAAGGGACAGCCGACUGGGAAGCCGAAGAGCUCCUUCAGCAAUCUUUCAUUUCAAAAGCUAGUCAAGAGCUUCAAGAACUUAUCCAACUACUUUGCAUUUGAGGCGGAGGAGGAGGAGGACGACGAGGUGGAGAUGGAGAUUGGGUUUCCGACUGACGUUCAGCAUGUUACUCACAUAGGACUGGAUGGACUCAGCCGCUUGGACAAGGCCUCCCUGGAGUUGCUCUCCCUCCCUUCUUUUCCACUGAAGCAGUUCGAGCUGUCGUUGGCAGGCCAAACUGGAGCUCCUCCGCCACCGGUCGGCGGCUCCCAUGGCUCUUGGCUGCAUUGAGGGCGGCGGCGGCGGCGCACUUGUUGCUUUGCUCUUUUCUUUGGUCCAUCUGCUUCUUUUGUUUAUUGGCGCUGCCACGGUCGCAAUGAAUGUGGAAAGUGAUGCCACCUCCAAUGCCUCUGCGUUCACAUGUCGAAUUAAAAGAAUUUUAAU